AUGCACAUCGCAAGAUUGGUCUGUUGUAUUUUAGCCGUGAUCGAACUGUUAUUACCUGUUCAAUCACAGACUCCAAGCGCCCACAGUCCUGGCCCCUCCGUCACUCGAGUGAUCUCGAUCGGACCGAAACAGAUGGACGUCUCUCAGACCGUUCAGUUCUUCCUGUACAGCCUGGACCGAAUCGCAGUCACGAUGAUCACGAAUGCGAACAACUCGGACAGUAGUGUGAUGCACGGGAUCCCCCUUGAGUCGAGGCAGAUUGAAAAUUCCCGAGGCUAUCAGGUGCAUUAUUUGAAUCUUUCAUACAAUUAUCCAUACGAAGCAGAAAAAGCUGAUCGGGAAUCCACAAUUCGAGUGACCUUUCAAAUCCGUACUUGCAAAAAGAACAGCUAUCACUGUGUCCCAACUGGUGUCACCCAGCUACAUCAUGAGGUCCAAGUGAAGAACCUCGAACAAAUUUAUUUCAUUGAGAUGGAAAAGAAUAUCUAUGCCGUUGGUGAAACUGUCCGCUUUAUGAUCGUAUGCAUCUCGUCGCAGUAUUGGCACCAAAUGACCGGAGAAAUUAUGCGCGAACGAAUCGGAUGGAAGCGCGGCGUACGGAGAGAUGAAAGUUCUAUUGUNNUGCUCAAUCAAGUAGACAGUCAGUCCAUUGUCGACAGAGAAGCGUGCUUGCGACGAAAUCAAGGAGAUGUGGCCCAUCCCUGUUCAGUUGCACAUACAACUCUCGAUUCACACGGAUGCGGUUGGUUCGAUUUCAACACGGAACAUUUGCAAGUGUCUCAUGAAUCAGACGAUCAUGUACAAGAUAUGGUACUGCUUUGUGUACAACUAUUCGACUCUAUCCGUGCCAAUGAUUAUGCUCAGUGUUUCCGAUACCCAUCAUCAGGUAAACAACAAGCAACCGUGGUGUACAAAUACGGGUUACCAAUCAAUGUCCCGGUAAAACUUGACCCAUGGUAUUGGCGUACACAGUUCAUCCUUGGUAGACUGAUAGAGCAACUGCCCACCUCAUGCUUGGCAAAGCAGGAGCGAAACAAACGGCCACAUUUACCACGACUCCAAAAAGUGUCGUUCGGGAGCAUGGACAAUGUGGGACAGAUGGCACUGCAAUUUUCGCCCAUAUUAAGACACGCGGAUAUGCGACUGGAGUUUGCAUCGGUAAAUUCAAAAGAAACAACCGCCGAGAAUCACGGAGGUUGUGUUCACUUGCGUGCAAUAACCACAGAGAGUGGUGAAAAUAUGGAAUUUUGGUCGGAAAAUGGUGAUGAAAUGCCACACGUGGAUUGUGCCGGUGAUGUAAGUUUCCGGCUGGUGGGAAAUGUACCGUUGAGUGAGAUCACCCUGUACGCGAUCGCACACGAUGGACGAAGCUGGGUUCCAGUGACGUUACCUGAUUACACAUUGGACGAAAAGGCAAGAGAUGAGUUGUGUAAAGAUAGUUUUGGACUGACUGGUAAUUAUCAAUGUGACCAAAAUAACCAGACUCGGAUACAGUGCCGCUCCGGCUGGCGAGGUCCUGGUUGUGUCGAACCAAUUUGUAGUACUGAUUGUGAUCAAUAUGGAGGUUUCUGUUCGGUCCCUGGUACUUGCAAAUGCAAGCUGUACUGGCAUGGAAAGGGCUGUUCUCGUUGUAGAGCAUUCAGUUUCAACCGCGGUUGCUACAGCGGAGACGAAUGUGACUGUCCGUGGUAUAAGAAAGGACCGAAUACCGCUCAAACAGAAGCGGCUCGCAACAGUACUCGCUUGAUAUAUUAUCGAACAGUUCGGAUGCAUUUCCCAACACCCGUACGCCGUGAUAUCCCGGUCAUCCUAUUCUAUUUGACACGAACAUUAAGCGAUGCGUUGGAAGCGAUCAGUGCUUCAGGCAUUCUUAAACAUACGCAAACCUGUGAAGACAUCGAUUUGAAACAGGAUGCAGUGUUCUUUGACGCGUCCACAAGUGAGUCCGAUGUCCAGUUGAAUGUGUUCCCACCACUCGUGCGCGUACCAGGGACGAGCACAAAAUGUUACGCACGUAUCUGGGAUGAACGCAUGCUGUUACAGACACACCUCGGUCAGCAAAACGCAAUCGUGAAACGUUUGAAUGAUCUGAUCUAUCCGAAGCCGCAUCUGAUCGAAUCAGGCAGUGAGGUUUCUACUCAUCACGCAACCGCGUGUGAUAUGAAUGUAGUCGGUCUCGGAAAGGGCACACGUCUUGAUGCGUCAAAAGAGGUGUGCUUGUUAGACAACUUUGCUUGUUCAUACCACACUCGUGACGAAACACAAAACAGUUUUUCACUGGACACGGACAACUGGAUGGUCAAAUCCAUUUUAUUGGGGCAGCGUCAAAUCGGAACUGUAGGGACGCGACAAGGGGUGCAAUACAAACUGAAUUUAGCCCCAGAAGUCACCAACUGGCGUGCGACUGCCUACUGCUAUGGUCCGGAUAUCGGAUUUUGGUCUGCGGUCUCUCAAGUCUACCACAAUUUGCCGACGAUGACCCUGAAAUUGACCAUACCAACUAAGGUGAACUUAUUCGAGCUUGUGAAUGUUGAAGCGGACGUGACCUUGCAUUCGGAAAUAACGAGAUUGUCUUGUUUGGAAUUGCUCGUCCGAUUCCAUCUGGACCACAAAGAUGUCUGGUUAUGGUUUGAUGUGAUGCACUUCUCUCGCUGCGUGUGUAUUACCGAACCGGUUACGCUUCAUUUCCGAACCGUUCUGCAACCUAUACUCCUCCAUACACGAUUUACAAAUAUUUUGGUCGUUGUACAAGUCCGUAAAAAUCCACUCCGGUGUUCGGAUGAUCCGUGGACAACAUUUCUCGUCAGCGUAGCGCCCAACAUGCUCUCCAAAAAGAUUCCCAUGGUGAAACGAACCGUAUCUCGAACCGUCCAUGUGAGCGCAAGUCAGACCGAGAUGAGACAUACGGGUUUUGUUGUUUGCAUGCAAGAAGAAUUCGGGAGCAAUCCAACUGAAACAAUUUCACCCAGGAUAUCUGAUCUACUGAACGAUAUUUCCGACAGUCAGCACCCGAUGUACAAAUAUUUGAGACUGAGUGGUGAUGUGACUGGUCUGUUGUGGAGCUAUUUCGAAGCUGCGAAAACAUUUCAGACAAUUCACGCCUACGAUCAUUUGGCUAUUGUGACCAUAAGAACCGGUGUGUUGAAUCAACUGCACGUCAAUUCGUUUGUCUCAAAUGAACAGCUGGAGCAAAUGAAGACGCGCACGUUUCGUAUCAUACUGCGAAACUUUCAAUCGUUACUUCACUAUCGUUGCCACCCAUCCGGUCAUUUUAGCGUAUUGCACGAUCAAUGCGAUUCAAUCGAUUACUCGUUCAAUGUGUUGGUCUACCAGACUUUGAUCGCUCUCGUGAGAAGUCCACACCCAUGGAUACGGAAUCAGAUCGGUAAGGAAAGCGAGAACAUGAUCACUGGUCUGUACAAUCUGUUUGCCAAGCGGCUAAAAGCAGAAACCGGUUGUUUUCACCCAAACUCGGAUGAGGAAGAAUCGUACACGGCAUUCACAGCGCGUGUCCUGACCGCCUCGAUUCUAUCCAAUCCGGAUGAUUCGCGAUUGGAAAAUCCGAUUCGCUGUUUGCAUCGUUUGUCGAUUGCGCAGCUCAAUCAGCUGGAUGCGGGGAGAAUGAAAUGGUACUCCACUGCAUCACUGGCACAAAUUGCAAUCGGUCUGUCCUGGAUCGAUUCGGACAGGACGCGUUUGAGUCGUAUUCUCAAUCUGAUUGAGCAACGUGAGAUCAGAGAAGGUGACGAGGGCUCGAAUCUGUUCAUGAUUCACUGGGCCGGAGAGGAACACGACCCUGGUUCCGAUGUGGAGACCACAACUCACGUGUAUUUUGCACUUCAUCAGCUUGGCUGGCCCCUGUACAAAUUUCUACCCAUCAUACGUUGGUUGAUCGUGCAAAAACAACUACCGAACGGUGGAUUCCUUACAUCACGUGAUUUGUACAAUGCUGGCAUAGUUUUGCUCGAUUACUCAAACUGUAUAGCAGACAGAAAUCCGACUCGACGUCAUGGUAAAUUACAUAGUUACGCUCCCUUGCAAAUCAAAGUUGAUGUUCCAUUCACCGAACCGAGAUUUCGAAGACCAGUCCGCCGCUCAUUGCGCAAUCGGUAA